AUGGAAGAAAUCAAGGAUAAUACCGUUGAAAUGGAGUGUAAUCCGCCAGUGUCAGAGUCCGCAGUCCAGGUUCCAGUAGUGGAUGCGGCAGGUGACAAUAAUGUGGGGAGCACAAACAAUAAGGAUGACUCCCAAAACCUCUUUCCUGACAGUCCGGUCUACGAACCAGAUGAUGAUGUUGUGACUGUUAGCAGCGGAACUGACGAAGUUAAUCUGGUAUCGUCAGACACAAAAGAAGAACCGACAGCGCAACCCAAAAGAAAGCUAUCAGACGACCGGUCAGAUAGCAGCGCAAAGAUCCAAAAGCUAGAACUUACUGACGAUGAGUUCGCCGUAUCCACACAGAACUUGGAUGACGAAGUCUCCGAGAUUACCAGCGCACCUAAACGGAAACUCGAAGAAGUGGAGCUUCCAUCCACCUCUAGAGUCCGUACUCCGGCCCGGUCCAGCCCAAGAAGACUCAAGCGAAGCAAUAGCGCCGAAAUCUCCAAACCAAAAACACCAAAGACCCCAAAGUCUCGCCCAGCCAGCGUCGACGUUACCUCUUCUCACAAAACUCCACGAAAAGCUAAAGAUGAGCCAAAGGAAAUAAUAUCCCUCUCCGAUAGCUCGUCACGCCCCAGUGUCGAGUUCGUCACUGAAAUACCACCCCCGAAAGUUCCAGAAACAAUUGCCGAAGAGAACUCGGAGUUGGAUGACUCGCAAGGCUUCCAUCUAGAACUUUCCCCAACUCCUGAGGACAAUGCAAUUAAGAUUAAGACUCCGAGCAACAGUGACCCAGUACUUGUUAAAGACAGGAAGGAAGAACUCAAUCCUGGAAAAAUUAAUGAUACUAGAAGCGAAGGGUACAAGUACUCUGAUCAAGGCGCCUUCUCCCAACCCAAAGUGAAAGAUUACAUCGGAAAGACCACCGACCAAGAAAGCACUGAUAGUGUCGGUUCACUCAACUUGGAGAGUCCAGAUACUCUACCUACCGUCGCGUCGAAGUUGAUCUCGAAACUGUCCAACGGCAAUUCAUCCACUCCUACCGAGAAUUCUGAUGGUAAGAAUGCUGAGGACAGUGACAGUACUCCUGAUAUGGCCAAGUUGAACUCUAUUAAGAACAAGAGAGGGAAGAAUGAGUCGUUCAGAUCAAGUAAUAAUGCUACUCCAUCAACGAUUUCACCUUUAGCGAAUGGUCACUCUCUUCCAAUCAACACGCCACAAAUACCAGUCUUCGACGUCCACAUAAGUCACAGUGAGGAGAACGAGUUCCUGUCUCUGUAUGUUGUUCGGACGGACAAUGACCUUGGGAUGGACAUGUGCAGAGAGUACCAGAGGAUUUCUAAAAGGUUCACAAUAGAUCCGUAUUUAGCUGAUGUGUCUGUGAGCAAUUCUCCAUCCAGUGUUACUAGUGGCGGUAUGAUCAAUUUGCCGAAUAGAACAUCUUUCGCGUCUACAGUUAGUUCGACAUCGACGUCAAGCAACCGAACGAGUGAUGGCGCGUUUGUUGUACCACAACCGCCGCGGAAAUCCAUCGCCAACCCUACGACAUCUGUCAAGGGAUAUGAAGCGUUAAUGAAGAAGCUACAAGAUAUAUUCUCGCAUAUCCGAGAGACUUCCGUAGAUGAGGGUUUGAGCGAUGACAAAGUUUCUGUGGGUAUUCAAACAUCUGCGUCUAAUGACAGUUCUAUGAGUAAUGGUAAUGCAAGUCCGGAAGAAGUAAAUAAAUGCGAUAAGGCGACUCCAAAGAGUUCUUUGAAGAAGACACGGGUCCGAGGGCGACGGCCUAUUGCGGGGAAGACUAAGCGAGCGUUAUUGCCAACUCAACCUGAAGAACCGGAGUACAUGCACGGGAUGAACUCACCAGAAAUGGUGCCGACUAAUGGUGAAAAUGGGAAGGAGUCUCCAGUGAAAUCACCUAAAGACGAAAAACCAUUAUCGUCACUGGUGGCUACGCCUAAAUCUGUGAGUAAGUUGAAGAAGAAGGGUCGUCCUACAUCUCCGCGACCAGCUACACCAGUAGAAAAAGCUGUAGUGAAGCAAGAAUACCCUGGUUACGCGCCAGAUACGGUAGUACUAGCUAAAUGGGUAGACAAACGAUACUAUUCAGGAAAAGUGUUGGAGAUUACGGAACCAAACAAAUAUCUGAUCAGGUUUGAUGAUGGCCAGACUAAAGUAUUGUUAGAUGACUUUAUAAUAUUUGGAGAUAUGAAGGCGUUGCCUUUGGAGGGUCAGUCCGUUUACGCUAUGGUUGAUGAAGAGCAGAACUAUGAGCCUGGACUAGUGCUUGGAGUCGAGGAGAAUGACAGCGGAACUAUCACCUACAAAUGUACUACUGAUGGGGACACGGUGGUACUAGUAACAGCGAGUGAGCUUUACCUGACGGAAGAUCAAGCGCGCUCCUUGAAGGAGGCGGCGCGUACUCGGGAGCCGUCAGGACCUUCCACGCCACGGCGCAGACACCAUCGGGAGCUAGACCUUGAUAAUAUCAUACAGGGACCUCGCAGCGCUAGAAGCCGCGACAAGGGCAACUCGAGCGCGCGGAAACGUGUGGCUUCACCUAAGAGUCCCAAAGCCUCCACUUCUGGUAUUUCAGGUGUAAAAUCAAAGAGUACCCCAGUGAGUCGCAGGCGGCUAGCGAGUGAGAGUAGUGAGAUGAGUGAGAGCAGUAACUCCGCCCCUCCCGCCCGACUGGAGGAGGUCGCUGGGGUCGAACCAGAGGUACAGAGGACUCCGAGGAAGAUUGACGGGGUGAAAGGUGUCUCACUCUCCGCAGCUGGUCCGCUCCAGCUCAAAGGAGCCUCAAAACAGAAUAUAGGCAAGAAGAACUCCAAGCUGACCAAGUUUGAGAAUGAUGAGGAUACUGUCUCCAAGAUGGGUCCCAUUCCGGGACCUGAGAAUAAGCUGUUCUCUGGGCUACACUUCUUGUUGACUUGUACUGAGACGCCGAGGCGGACACGUACUGAGAAGGCUACUCAAAGCGCAGAAACCCGCCACUACUCGUCUGAAGAAGACAGUGAGACCACUCACUCAGUGGCUGGCACUGAUACUGAGGACCUGGAGUUCUGUGAUCGUCCCUUCAACAAGGAGCGCUUGAAGGAACAACUGGAAGCCGGCGGCGGGACUGUGUACAGCCACUUCGACGACGUGCCAAAGAACAAGUAUAGUGUUUGCAAGUUGAUCGCGCCGCGCCCCUGUCUCACCGCGAAGUACAUUCAGUGCCUCGCCGCGGACAUCCGCUCCGUGUCACAUGGCUGGGUCAUCAUGAGCUGUAUCGAGAACUCGUUGCAUGACAUCGACUCCUUCGCUCUACCAGCCGGCUGGUCUAUUCUGAAACAGAGGUUUAUUAACUGGGUUCCGCCAUCAGGCAAGCGCAACGCGACGUUCUUCAAAGACAAGAUCAUACUCCUAUGCGGAGACCAGGAUACAUUCGUCAAGUUUUGGGAGCGAGUGUGCACCCUGGCCGGGGCCACGACACGAGUCGUCAACGAGGAGGACCUUAACAUGUCCGGGGCCCUCGCACUCGUCACAGAGUGGGAUUGUCCCCACGAAGUACAAAACAAGGCGAAUCAGGACAACAUCCCACUCGUGUCCACGACCUGGGUCGUCCAGUGCCUAAUAGAGGCUCGUGUCAUCGCCCCCACCAGCCACGAAAAGUUCUCAUUUAUGUUUGCGGAGCCAGAAUGA